CCUUAAAUUAGUCCUUUUGAGAACUUGGAAAGACAUAACCAUAGGAAGAGGAUGGAGUUGUUGCUUGGUUUACUUGUGUUGUUAUUGGGCACUAGCACCAUUGCAAAUGCUGCAAUUUCUGAACUUUCUUGGAGGGAAAUUAGCAACAUCAAUAGCCAAGGGCCAUAUUUUGGUAUAGUGGUGCCAAAUGCUUUUGAGCUUGAUCCUCUUCUUCGUUCACCUAGAUUUGUUGCUGAUCACAAGUUUCCUCACUUUGAUUUUGCUGGAAAACAUUUUCGCAUUGGUGUAUUGGAAAAGAAGAGGGUUAUAGUUGUUAUGUGCGGAUUGGGAAUGCUAAAUGCAGGUAUUUCGACCCAAUUGUUGCUUACAUUGUUUGAUGUGAAAGGAGUUCUCCAUUACGGAAUUGCUGGAAAUGGAAAUCCUAAACUCCAGAUUGGAGACGUAACUAUUCCUCAAUAUUGGGCCCACACUGGACUUUGGCAUUGGCAGAGGUUAGGAGAAAUAGAUGGAGAUUUCAGCAGAAAAUUCGGCAACCUUGAGUUUGCUGAUUACAGUAACUGCUCAAAAGAUUUCGAGUCAAAAAAUACAAAUCUUUUGAACAAAGUAUGGUAUCAAGCAGAGGAAAUUUACCCCGUUAAUGGAAAUCCUGAAGUUAGCCAUGACAUUUUCUGGGUUCCAGUCGACAAGACUUACUUUAAAAUUGCAAGAAACCUCAAGAAUGUUAAAUUGGAUAAUUGUGUGAACACAACCUGUUUGCCAAGGAAGCCUAUAGUGACAAGAGUAGAGAAAGGGGUUACUGCAAAUGUGUUUGUUGACAACAAAGCUUAUAGAGAAUUUUUGCACUCCAAAUUCGAUGCAACUCCGAUUGAAAUGGAAACUGCUGCUGUUGCUUUAGUGUGUUUUCAACAGAACAAACCCUUCAUUGCCAUUAGAUCACUGUCUGAUUUAGCUGGUGGGGGUUCUGCACUGUCCAACGAAGUAGAUGUCUUUUCCUCGUUGGCAUCCCAAAAUGCAUUUGAUGUUCUUGCCAAAUUCAUCUCCAUGUUAAAUUAUUAAUAGCUCUAAUGUCUUUCUUAGAGUGAAAGCAUAGAGUAACAUUAUUGAGAGAAUAGGGGAAAUAACGUGUUACCAAUUCAUUGGUUUCACGUACUCCAUUGUGUACUAGAAAAUAAAUGCAUGACCAAAAUUGAAAAUUAUUUUUUAUCAGCAAAAAAAAAAGGAAUAUGUUAAAAUGUAUAAGGGAUACCAAAAUGAUGUAUUAAUUUGUGAUUGAUGGAAUGAUGGUGAUAAAUAAAAUUUAAUAUGUUAACUUGUUA